AUGAUAUCUUUCUCUUAUGCUCAGUUAUCCGCUCCUUCUCUGGAAACUCUUAAGUCAUUCCCCAACUGUAAUGCUCAGGCCUUAUUCGAGCAGGAGUUUCACCAUCUUACGGCCGAAUCCAUCGUUUUUUAUACUGAUGGCUCUAAGCUUGAUCAUAGUACACACGUGGGUGCAGCGGUUUUUUCCCCUCAAUUGCAGGCUGAGCUUAUGUAUAAGCUAUCUUCCUACACUUCAGUCUUUUCCGCCGAAGCCUACGCCAUAUAUAAUGCCCUAACGAUAGCUAUAGAUUUACAAAUACAUAAAGCCUCGAUUGUUACCGACUCUAAAAGCGUGCUCGAAUCCAUUAGUGGACCUUGCAAUUCCUCUAAUAAUUAUCUUAUUCCCCUUAUUAAGGUAGGAUUGGAAGAGACCAAGUCUAAAGGCACGCACAUACAAUUUAUUUGGGUCCCCUCAUAUAAAGGUAUAGCCGGUAACGAGGGAGCCGAUCGGCUCGCCAGGAGAGCGAUACGCAAGGGCAUCGAGCCUAAUUUCAAGGUCCCUUAUUCGGACCUCUGCGCUAUUAUCAAGCAGCAAAUUACCGAUAGCUUUUAUCAACAACUUGAAUCCACGGUUGACAUUAAAGGAACUUACUACUUUUCUCACAUUUUCCAAAGGUCUGCUAAGCCUUGGUACUAUCGCAAGAAAGUAUCUAGACAAACUAUUGUUAUGCUUAACCGCUUGCGUUCGAAUCACUAUAAUUUGAAUUCUAGUUUACAUCGUAAAAAUCUGAUCGACGAUCCUUCUUGCCCUUGUGGUUCGACACGGCAAGAUAUCGUCCACCUAGUAUACGAUUGUCCGGAUACCUAUACUCAGGCACGAUAUCUGAGGCGCAUUGUUGACCGUACCUCAAAUUCCAGGGACAGGUUAGAGAGAUUUACAAGGGCCAUUUCGGAUCCUUCGGAUUGCCUAUGCCGUCUUAUUCUCAACUUCUCUAAAGCUUGUGACAGGCAGUUCUGA